AUGUUAAAGACACAGGAAAUACUACGUUCGCAGUUGAGAGUAUAUCUUCGCUUUGUCGUUGCAACUAGAGACUUCAAGAGUCAAAGAAUUGAAUCGCAAGCUUCUACGAAUGAACCGCUGUACAAGCUGAAAGAAAUUCUGGCUAGGGCUAACGUCGAGGAAUUCAAUAACUUAAAGAAAGCUUACGAAGAAACAUCGAAACUAACUGCCAUUCCUGAUUGGAUUACUGUGAAGUUGGCGAGCAUUGCGAUGUCUCGACAACAAAACGGAGAAAAGAUUUUGGUCGGACACUGGCAAAUGACCGGAAGUGAUAAGCGCAUAGAUCAUCAGUCCGAUGUAACAAAGGAGCAAAUUGCGGCAGCACUUGCACGUGUUUGGCAAGCGGGAUGCACUCAAUUUGAUGAUCAAAGGAGUUUUCAUGCGGUGCUCAAUUUUUAUAAUCAAUUGCGAAGGUUAAAAUUUACUCCAAUACGCGAUACACAUGUUGCACAACUGAUUCAAUAUGCUAUUAAAAGCGGAUACACGACAAAUGCUUUGCUGGAGCUCUACCGGGAUCUCAGUCAAUCUGCUGAAAAACCAAUGGCAAAAACAACGUUUUUCAUAUUGAAUUCAGCAAAGAGCGAAAAGGAAAUACAAGAGAUUAAGGAGGUUGUGGCUAAGAAAAUAUCGUCCUCAACAUUGAGUCUACUUGAUAAAUUUGUAGCACUUGAUCGAGGAAAGGGACCCAGUUUAGCUGAUGAGCUCAAUAGAUUGAAUGACCCAUUGAAGAGUGAUCAAUUGCAGCAAUUGGUGUUUUGGGCAUCAAAAUGGAAAAGGAAUAACGUACUAGAGGAGUUAUUUGAGUAUGCUCAACUAUUCGGCUUUGAUAGCUUCUCAAAAGUUUUGGUCUAUAAUGCGCUAGUGUUGAGUUAUGGAAAGAGUUCUAAUACAGAAGGACUUAGGAGGAUUGCGAAAAGAAUCGUGAAAGAAGACGAUCGGAGAGAAUUCAGCGUAGCACUUUCGCGGAUUCGUCAUUUCUAUAAGUGUAUGAACAAACAACCACCGGAAGAGACAAUCAAUUCCAAAUUUGCACAUUCUGAAAAGAAUAAA